AACAGAAAUUUUUUACUUUUCUUUCUUUCAUUUUCUCUCUUGCCAAACACCAAAAAAGAAAAGCUUCUUUUUCACUCAACACUUAAAUAGUUUAACGAAAAAAAUGCUUCCUUUUCACUCUAUAUAUAUGUUCCUUCUUUUUUGACCUAUAUAUUCCCCAGCUUCAAACAGACAUUUUUUUUAAAAAAUCCCAAAAAGGAAUCGAAAAGAAAAAAAUUUGAAAAAAUGGGCUCGGUUCCAUCAGAACUGAGCUUGGAUUUUAGACCCAAAUUUAUACCCAAAACGAUCAGUAAUUUUCUCGAGGAAAUUUCAUUGAUGGGAAGCGUUUCCGAUAAGAUUUCAAAGCUUGAUUCUUUUGUUAAACGAUUAGAAGAAGAAAUGAGAAAGAUCGAUGGUUUUAAACGUGAACUUCCUCUUUCUAUGCUUCUUUUGAAUGAUGCGAUUUUAGCUUUGAAAGAGGAAUCAACGCAAUGUGUUAGAAGAAGAAAUGUUGAACCUGUUUUAGAAGAAUUUAUUCCAUUGAAGAACAAUCAAAAGGAGAAUAAUAAUCACAGUGAUGAAGAAGAAGAAGAAGAAGAAGAAGAUGAUUCUAAGAAAAAUUGGAUGAGUUCUGUUCAGCUUUGGAAUACUGAUGAUGAUGAUUAUAGUUCCAUUGAUGAUAAAUUAGAUACUAAGAGAAACCAUGGGGAUCCAUUUAAAAACAGGGGAAAAGUUAGAGGUUUUAUGCCAUUCAAGGCAAAUUUGAGUUUUGCAGUGAAGAAAGAAGAGAAAAGGGAGAUACCAAUUCAUGGACUAACGAUUCUCACUCCGGGAAUCAAGAAUCCGAAAGUGGAAUUGGGUUUUACGGAAUCGAGGAUGAGCCGUAGUAGAGCAGCUUCGUAUUCUUCCUUGAAGGGUCAGGUGAAUUUCCGGUCCGAGUUGCAGCCCUUAUCCGAUCUCCAGCGACAACAACAGCAGGCUACUAGGAAGCAAAGGAGGUGUUGGUCAUCGGAGUUACAUCGCCGGUUUGUUAAUGCAUUGCAGCAAUUAGGUGGCUCUCAAGUGGCUACUCCAAAGCAAAUUAGGGAACUUAUGCAAGUAGAUGGCUUGACCAAUGAUGAAGUUAAGAGCCAUUUGCAGAAAUACCGACUUCAUACGAGACGACUUCCACCAUCUACAAGGACCACAACCACCCCAGCAAAUCAAUCGGCCCUUGUUUUGGGGAAUGGUCUAUGCAUGUCCCAUGAUCCAUACGGAGAUUCUUCGAAAGGCAGCAGUUCACAAUCCGGUUCUCCUCAAGGUCCUCUCCAAUUAGCUACGAACACUGGAGGAACCUCCACAACAAGAGGUGACAGCACGGAAGAUGAAGAAGACGCAAAAUCCGAAGCCUAUAGCUGGAAAACCCCUACUCACAAACCCCUUAAAGGCAAUGUAUAGAGUUUAUCCACCAUGAAUUUUGCAGAUAAAAAGUAUGCAUACAUAAGCUGAGUCCACAAGCACGAAGUUGAUAAUAUAUACUAUAUACUAUUUGCUAUAAAUGAGAGUAGAAGCUGUGAAAUUUUGCA